CCAACAGACAAUGGUGGUAUUGAAAACAAAUCUGAGUGUUGUGUAAAUUGAGGAGUAAAGACAGUAAUGUGCUAUCCGUGGCUCGUCGUGUGUGUGCUUAAGUGUGUGUGUGUGUUAUGAGGAGUACAGCGUGAACACAAAACCAGAAAAAAUACGGUGAUGAAAAGAAGAUAAAAAAAAAUAGACAAAUAAGAAACUGGGAAAGUCAAUGAAUAGAAGAAAUAAAAGGUUGAGGGAUAAAGGAAAGUGUAGAAACAAUAAAUACAGUGGCUGGGUGCUGCGGCCGAGUGAAGGGCGGAUUGAGGAAAAAAUAAUGUUAAUCGCAGAGAGUUGUGUUAUUAGAUAAAGGAGAAGUGGAGGCGAGAAACUGUCCAGAAGAGGUGACCAGGGAGUGUGUGUGUGUGUUACCAAGAGCAGCGCAUGACAUGACGGCGUGAAUGUGUAGUGACCUGACGUGAUAAAUGCUGCAGGGAGACUAGGAGGACAAAAGAAUGAAGGGUGGAGAGGAAGAACAGGUUCGUUGCUCCGUCGCUCCUGCCAUUGCUUUCGCUAACAGGAUGGGAGCUCACACGUACGAGGAGGACCCCGUAACAUCCCCGCUUGGGGGUGUGGAGCCAGGCUUGACACUUGGCACUAUUGAGGAAGCUAAGGAAGGUUCCACUGGCGAUGAGAGUGAAGCUGAAACUAUUGCAGAUCCCCCACAGUUGGAUAUUAUCUUCAAGGAUGAGACUGCAGAAGCCAAUGAAGGACAGGUGAAAAAGGAGGAACUAGAGGAGCAAGAUGAAGAGGAGAAGGAAGAAGAGGAACUGGAUGCUUGCUUAUGGGAAUCUCAUCCUGAUGUAGAUGGAGGCUGGGCUUGGGUCAUCCUUAUUGCCAUGUUUGGGGUCUUCGUCAUUACUUCAGGCCUUCUCUCCACAACUGGAAUGUUUUAUGUGCAGAUGUUGGAAGAGUAUGGGUAUAGCCGCUCAUACACUGCCUGGAUGGGUUCCCUCAUCAAUGCUUUCUUCAUGCUUGGAGGACCCAUGAGCUUCAUGUUCAUCCAGACAUUUGGUUGUCGUGCAGCCCUCAUCUGUGGGUCGCUUAUAAUGGCCACUGGCUACAUGAUCUCUGCCUUCACCACUUCCCUGGAGGCUCUCUUCUUUACCUAUGGAGUGGUAGUAGCGUGUGGGAUGAGUUUCUCGUACUCAGGCCAGAUAACGGCCCUCAACCAAUAUUUCAACAAGCGGCACUCCAUCGCCACCUCCACUGCCAUGCUGGGUAUUGGGCUGGGCAUGUUCUUUCUGAGUUCAUUGACUGAGUAUAACAUAGAGGAGUAUGGAUGGCGAGGGGCAUAUAUCUGGAAUGCUGGACUCAGUCUGCAGAUAGUAGUAUUUGGAGCCCUUGUCUUCCCUUUGCGACCUGUUGCUCCAUCUUACAAUGAACAGCGGGAUGUGGAGGAGAACCUUCCAAAAUCAAGAUCUCUGAGAGGACUUAAAACAUCUAAAAGUCGAAUGUUAUUAGAAAAGACUCUCAAUCACAGGUCUUUCUCCAGUCUUCGUCUGUCAGCAGAGGCAAGUUACCUUUCCCAUUCCCAGCUGAGCCUCAGGGACUCACACCAUCACCUCAAUCUGCGCUCCAACCAGCACAGUUUCUGCUCCAAGGGAUCUCACCUAGUCAUUGGCAGCAUACGAUCCAAUGGCCACAGCUUCUGCAGAGACUCCCAUGCAGAACUGUCUCAUUUUGAUCUCCGUUCCAAUCAGUUCAGCUUCCAUCACAAGGAUUCCUAUGCAGACUUUGGUCUUCAUUCCAACCAACACAGUUUCUGUUCCCGUCGAGACUCUCAGGCUGGGCUGAGUGGAAUCAAGUCCAACCCUCACAGCUUCAUCCACCACCACUACCUCAUGGACGGGGAGGGGGACAGUCUGAAGGGCAGCUGUGGUGGUGGCCGGGCACGGUUCAUGCUGCGGGAGGGUGACUGUGACCUGGGCUGCUGUGUGCUGGAGGAGGAGGAUGACUGCCCCAGUGAGCACUCAAGAGUAGGGGAGUACAAGUCCCUGCGUGUGAGGAUGUCCCAGGUGAAGGAGAAGAUAUGCGCCACCCUUGUUGGACUCACAAGGAAAUCCGAUAACAGUGUUUUCAUGAAGUCACGAUUUUGGUUCCUGAAUGUGGCCUACUUCUUUGCCAUGGUGGGGACAAUAUGUUUCUUCAUCAUCUACAAGGACUUUGCCGUCUCCAAAGGUGUUGGGGAUUACUACACCAUGGCCCUCUCAGGGAUUGGCAUUGGUGACCUAGUGGGCAGAAUGAGCACAGGAAUCAUGCUCUCCAGUACACUCAUCAACCCGGUGCUAACGUUCUCCAUAGCAAUGUUACUGUGUGGGGUGGUGAUGCUCAGCCAUGCCUUCAUCACCACCAGCACACAUUUCCUCGUCCUCACGGCAAUGUUUGGAAUUCUGAACGGGUCACAAAACGUGCUUAUUGCUGUCACCCCCACCAUGGUGUUUGGCAGAGAGAAGCUGUCCACAGUGUUUGGCUACAUUCUCUUCCUUGGAGGCAUUGGAGCUCUCAUUGGAGCACCCAUUGCUGGUCUCAUCGUGGACAAGACUGACAGCUUUGAUGGGGUGGUGGGCUUCUCAUCUGGAAGUCUCUUUGCUGGCUCCUUCCUCAUGUUCAUCUGCUUCUUGGUCCAUCGCUCCACUGUCCAGUCACAGACACAGCAGCAGGAGGUGUAAGGAAUGUUCUCUGGUGCACUAUCUCAUUUCCUUGUGUAUGUAUGUGUGCAACUCAUCCUUUAACAGUAUGAUGUCUUAUAUUGCAGGGUAGUCUCUCUUUGUCUCUGUGUAGCUUAUGCAGGAUACAGUAGUGUUUUGCAUCUGAUGUUGGUUUGAUGACACAAUAUUUUCUGGUUCUUAAGAAUCAGUUCAGAAAAAUCGAAACUGUCUUAAAGUUUUAUGAGUGUUGCAUUAUUUUUUUAUUUAUUUAUAUCUUUUUCACAAGACAGGGAGGCUGGCCAAAACAAAAACAUAAAAAUAUAUAAAAAAAAAAAAGAUUUUUGCCACUCCCUGACAUUUACAAAAUAAAAAUCUUGAAACAAUUUGCUAACUUAGUUUUGAAAAGAAUGUAUUAUGUUAAUUGUCUGAUAAUAAUACCAAAGAACCUUACUGUAUGUGUUUUGACAAAAUUGUGAUACAUACUUCUUAUGUGUAGUUUUUAAGGAUGACUUUAGAUGAUCACUAUGUAGGAUAUGCGGAUGCAUUUCUCGAGACUUGAUAGUGAUUGAAUGGAAAGCAAUAGAUAUUUUUGUAUAUAGAAACAUUUCUGUACUCAAUUAAAUUAUACUAAUAGGUAAUCUACAAUACUUUAUCAUCUCAGGAUACAAAUGAAACUUAUGCUCAUCAAUGUUAAUCACUCCCAUCUGUAGGCAUAACUUACUUAUAUAGGGAUAGAAAGCUUCAGUGAGGAAUGACUAGAGGAUGGGAAGUGUCUACAAAGGAUAUAGAGACUCUUAGAGUUGUCAGGAAGGAGGAUGCAAGAAUCCAAGUAUUUUAUUGAUUUGAAUGAUCUUUUGCUGAUAGAAUGAUAAAUGAAAGUGAUGCAAGUGUGUAUAGGAGAUCUAGAUGCUUAAUGAGGAAGAGAAAAUUACUCCUCUGUCAUGACAAUCCCAUCAGAAAGGUUCCUCAAACAGGCAUCUGCCUAGACUAGAAAUAGAAUGAAAUAUACUAGUAAGCAUCAGACACCAGUGACUCCCUUGCUCACCACAUACUGUAAUGGUUUAAGUAGCUGUGUGUGCUCUGUCACAUGAGAAAGGAAUGAUAGGGCUAGUAUCAUCCCAUCAUUGCUUGUAGGAAUCUUAUUUACCAGUUAAUCUCUUCAAAGAUUAUCCACGGAUUUUAUCUCUAUUUCUACCCAGGGCUUAGUGAAGAUUGCAGUGAUAUGCAAUGAGAAAAGCCUUUAAAUUUUAAUGUUCUAUCAAUGGAUAUGGGAUCUUUUACUGGAUCUCAAAACUUCCUUAGUUUCUUAUAAAAUUGACAGCCAAUUUGGAUAGCAAGGACUAGCUCUGGGUGGUGCUAUAGCUUAUAGAUCCUAUAGUGUGUGUAUGGAAAGAAAAUGUUAUAUUUCACCAGUGUGUCAAUCUAAAUCAUUAUACAAGACACAUUUAAUGGCUGAGGUGCUUUCCCUCAGGACAUGAUGGCAAGAAUAUUUAGAUCAUAUUUUUUUGCUUAUACUAUAAUCAAUGAUGGUUUCAUUUCUAAGACCAUCAGUAGACUGAGCCAAGCUUGUUUCAUUAUCAAGUGGCUGCCUACAUCUGUUGUUAGACUGCCAAGGAAUACAACAAUUUAAUCCACUGUGCAACCAUAACCACACUAUUCUGUAGCCCAUAAUAAUCAACACAUAUGAUUGUAGAUUUUACAUAUGGUAGUGUAGUUGUUUAUAUGAAGAGGUACUUGCUGUUCACAAUAUUUGAUUCAACAAGGGUAUCAGUUUGGUGGUUAGAAUCACACUGAAGCCUUUACACAAAGUGUGUGUGUGUGUGUGUGUGUGUGUGUGUGUGUGUGUGUGUGUGUUAUUGAACCAGGCAUCAGACACAAAAUGAAUGCUGAUGGUACAUGUGAUGGUUUUAUGAUUUAUUAAUGUUAUUAAUGUUUUGAUUAUGUUAAGGUAUAUGAGUGAGUAUAGGCAGUGUGAUAUUGUGUAUAUAGGAGGUAGAUGUUCAUAUUUUACUCACUUGUUUUUGCAGCUUUUUUUUUUUUUUUUUUUUUUUUUUUUUUUUUCUCAUGGUUACUCAUGAAAGGUAUAUGCACUGCAUCAGUGCUACAUAACAGUCUUUAUGUAUCAUGCAAGAUGUGCAUGUUUGAUAGCUACACAUUAUUAUAUUCAUGCAAUAAGAAAGCAGCACUGAAUAUUAAUUUGCUCUUCCAUAAAUAGUAAGAUCCCUUAAUGUUGGACUUCCAUAAAUUGAAAAUGACUAGGGCUGGAGUAGUUACAAGCCAUGGUUUUGACACCCUGAGGUCACCAGACCCUACUAUCAGUGAACUUUUGUUGUACAGCACUAAGCAAGUACAGUGUACAACAAAGAUAAGUUGAGUUAUUGCAUAUUGAAGCUAAAUUAUCUUACAGAUUGUAUAUGGAUUUUCUUUAUAUUAUACAAUAUGUAAUAAUGACAUAAUUAUGUAAUAAGUGCAGUUUGUGUCUUCAAGGAAAUCAUCUUGUAGAUUCUGUAGAAUAUACACAAGUACAGAAAUUCAUGAAGCCAAGAA